CCGGAACAAAGGCUCAUGCUAGAAAACGUAGGCAGAACGUGUUUAGCGGGAGGACUGACGCAAUUUUGUUUGAACUCCAUAUACUUCCUUAUUCUCGCUCUUGAACAACUGACAGCAAUGGGGGAUGCCGAUGAAUUUUUAUCCUCAAAGUUAGGCACAAAAGAACACUGGGAAUCUGCAUAUGAACUAGAACUGUCAAACUUUACAAGCCAUGGAGAUAUUGGAGACAUUUGGUUUGGUGAAGACAGCAUGCAGCGUGUGGUGGACUGGAUCCUGGAAUCUGAUGAUGUGAUGGAGAAUUCCUCCAUUCUCGAUAUUGGAUGUGGGAAUGGUGCUUUCCUGCUGUGUCUUGCUAGUGAAGGCUAUGAUAAUCUGUUUGGGAUUGAUUAUUGUGGUACAGCUAUUAAGCUAGCAGAAGCCAUAGCAAAUAGCAAGAAAGUAGACAUCAAAUAUGAGACUGUAGAUUUGCUGGCAGAACACAAGAAAAGUGAAUUAGCAGGAAGGCAGUAUGACAUCUCCCAUGAUAAGGGUACAUAUGAUACCAUUUCCUUAAGCCCAGAAAAUGCUGAGGCAAAGAGACAGCAGUACAUCAAGGAGGUUUAUAAACUAACCAAAGACCAAGGUUUAUUCAUUAUCACCUCCUGCAACUGGACUGAAGAAGAGCUUAUAUCUCAUGUAUCAGAUUAUUUCAGUGUGGAAGAAGUGAUCCCAACGCCUACGUUUUCCUUUGGCGGAAAGAUUGGAUCUGUUGUUACUUCUAUAGUUUUCAGGAAAGUUGUCAGUUAAAGUUCAUUCCAUUCAUCAGUAAAGUCUGGUUUUUGUUUUAUAAGAGUGAUCAUGCAUUUAAGAGCAUUUAACAGAAGACAAAUGGAGGUAUGUGUUUUCAUAUUAUCAUUGAGAAUAUAUAAUAUCCAAUAGAGCUCGAAUAUGG